ACUACAAGGAGAUGUAUAAACUUUUUCCAAAAUUUAGGUGAUGUCCCGAGAAACUCCCAAACCCCUUGGCCUGCCCCUGAAUUCAGACGGGUGGAUUGGUUACUCGUGAAUUGAUCAGUAAAUGGGUUGAUAAAGUUACUUCAUAUUGAUUGUUAAUUCUCUAGUUAACUCGAGUCAUUAGCAAGUGGAUAGAUUAAUAGGGCCGAGACAAAUUUUAACAAUAUUUAUAACCAAGAAGCAUCAAAUGAGAGUGUUGCAUUGAGUUAGGACGUGUUUGAUUAGAUUAGCAGUCAGUUAAAUUUUGGUUCAAUUAGAUUGCCAAUCCAUCGAGUUUUGAACCAAUAAUAUUAUGGGCUAAUUUUAUUGGUUAAGAAGAAACAAAUCAUUACUAUUUGGACAACUCAAAUUAUGAGAAGAAGAAAACCAAUUUACCCGAUGAGACUACAUUUCAAUCAACUCUACCAAUGGAAAUAUGAAUUGCAAUGAACGGAAGCCUUUGCAAGUUGUAAACACAAACAAACCAUAUCCACACGUGUGGUGGUAUAUGAUCCACGAUUGAACCUCUCCCAACAACUCGAGUUAUUGGGAUCAACUUGUUCUUGACAUGAUAUCAGAGCCUUAUGUGACCGAGAGGUCUUGUAUUCGAAUCCCGGUGACCCCAUUUGUGAAGCACAUGUAUUCCUUGUUCAGAACAUAUGUGCAAACAAAAGCCCUUAUAAGUUGACUAUCCACGAUUGAACCUCUCCCAACAACUCGAGUUAUUGGAAUCACUGUCCAUCUAUGUAGAUGCUACCGCCAAAAUUACUAAACCACAGGUUCCCACCUUUGUCUAGACAUAAGAGAUGUCACUAUCACAAUUCACUUCUCUAUUUUAUACCAUAUAUGAACAAGUUUGCUACUAGUUUGUCUUCUCCCAACAUUAAUCUUCCCCUUGCUGUUUCCUUGCACAUCAACAUCACAAUAAAUUCCCACGACAUUGAAGAGCUUCCUUAGAAAUCUUUGGCUUCUAAAUUGUCUCGACCAUCAUAAAAUACCAAGUUUGAGGCCUUGGAAAUGCAGACUUUGGCAUGGAUACAUGGUACUGUAAUUAAUUAAAAUCCUUUUGCUGAUCCUUCAUAUCACUCUUUUGUUUGUAUCAAGUUCGAGGAGGUGACUAUAUAAGAUAAAGAUGGUUUAGCAAGUUUAUUAUCAAAUUCAUAAGGUUGUUCACUGGUCAUUAUUACAGGUAUUCGAAAUAUGGCCAAGACUUCUGCAGUUUCAGUUCUGGUGGUUCUGUUGUUAUCGGCAGCUUCAUGUUUUGCAGCAAGAACUAAGCUUUCUACAGGCAGCAGUGAAGGUACGAAAUCUGUGGCUCAUUGGGUUGAUGAUGAUGGCAUUUGUCGAUCGAUGGUCGAAUCGCAAGGCUAUGCAUGUGAAGAACAUCAGGUGACAACAGAAGAUGGUUACAUACUUGGGAUUCAGAGAAUGCAAGUAGCUAAGUCUGGCAAGAAAGCAUAUAAACCACCAGUCCUUAUCCAACACGGAUUGUUCAGUGAUGGUGCAACAUGGAUGCUUAAUUCCCCUGCUGAAUCUCUGCCAUUCUUGUUGGUCGACGAUGGUUACGAUGUUUGGAUUGCUAACACUCGUGGGACGAUACACAGCCAAGGGCACACAUCAUUGAGCCCUAAUGAUGGAGCUUACUGGGAAUGGUCAUGGGAAGAGUUAGCAGAUUAUGACCUUCCUGCUGUGUUCCAAUAUGUUUAUGAUCAUACGGGACAACAGAAACAUCACUACAUCGGACAUUCUUUGGGGACUUUGACAGCAUUGGCUGCAUUUGCAGAAGGGGACUUGUUGAACAUGUCAAGAUCAGCUGCUUUGCUUUGUCCCAUUGCUCAUCUUAAUCACAUCACUUCGCCUUCGAAAAUCGCUGCUGAUAUGUACUUGGCCGAGGACAUAUAUAAGCUUGGAUACAGGGAAUUUCUGAAAGGAGGACUGGCUUUUACCAAGUUCAUAGAUGCUGUCUGUAGUAAACCUGGAAUCAACUGCACUGACUUGGUAGCUGCUAUGACAGGUCCUAGUUGCUGCGUAAAUGCGUCAAGGGUCGACCCAUUCCUCGACAGUCAGCCUCAACCAACAUCAGUGAAGAACAUAGUCCAUCUCUCCCAAAUGAUAAGAACAGGAAACAUAGCAAAGUAUGACUAUGGAAAUGAAGCAGACAACAUGGACCACUAUCACCAGCCAACUCCCCCUGCCUACAUCAUGUCCAAGAUUCAACCUUCUUUCCCUCUCUUCCUUGCAUAUGGAGGCAAAGACAUGCUUGCCGAUGUAGAUGACAUGGCAAUCCUCAUAGACAACCUGAAAGAUCACGAUGACAGCAAGCUGGUUCUCCAUUUCGUGGACUCCUAUGCUCAUGUAGAUUUCGUCUUUGGCGUGAAUGCUCAUAGUGUUGUGUAUGGUCCAAUCAUGGACUUCUUCAAGCUCCAUUGAUAUUGUAAAAAAAAAAAAAAAGCUGCAAACUUUACUUCUUGUUGUACAUCUGUAAACAUACAAAAAGAUUUCAACUUUCCAUUGAAUACUCAAGCAGAAUCGAUCGAUACGGUAAAAAACAUCUCCGAAAAAAGCAGUUCAUUUCAUUUAUACAUCUGUCAAAUGUAAAUGUUUGGUCUGAGACUGAAGUGAUUCUGAGCUGCAACAAGAGCAGCUAGAAAUGGAUCAUGAUCAUCUCCUCCAUCAUUUCUAGAUUUCCCUCUUCGCGACACGAACAACUCCUCGCAACGAACAGCUCGAGGAGGCGACGACAACGAACUGACUGCAUCGUUCUGAUCACAGCUCUUGGUUAAGAACCUCAUCAUUUGCUUCAACUUCUUACCACAUUUGGCCAGCUUCUCCAUUGUUCUGAGACUUUUGAGAUGUGGUUUUUCUUCCCCUGUUCUGGGUUUCUUUCCUUUAUUGGUUUGGAUUCGGUGGGAGGCGAUUGCUAUACCCUUUGCUUUCAUAUAUAGUUGGGCAUGUCACAUGGAUUUCGUGUUCCUGUGUGGAGAAGCAUUUGAGCAGUUUAGGCCAAUGAGCUCAUCAUGAGCCUUGUGUGUGUUUUUUUCCUCUUUAUUUUUUUGUUCUCAGUUUGUUAUGUGGAGGUUAUGGAUUGAUGAUACCAAAGCACAAAACUGAAAACAACAAAAACCUCAGCCGUUACAAAGUUGUAACAAAAUGUUUCUGUGUACUGUGUAGAGAAGGGGUUGAUGUCACAAUCUAUACAAGGGAGCAGUACGUGAUUUAAGGGAAAAGAUGCUCAGCGGUUUAAAUGGCUAGACUAUGAUAUUCGAUUAAUCGGUUAGCCGUUACACCGAUAAAUUAUCGAUUACCGACGGUUAAAGUUAUACAAUUAAUCAACUAGCUAUAAGUUAGGAGUGCGGUUAUCGAGUUCGUGAAUUAUCUUAACUAUGAAGGAAAAAGGAGGCAAAUUGCAUUUGAAACAAAUCAAAUCGAACGUGUUUGAUUCUUAUUUUUCCUCCACUUUUGAUUCUGACCUAUCCUAAUUCGAUCCAGUACUGGACAGAAUCGACCUAGCCUCAGUCAAAAGAUUAAAACCAUACUCAACAAAUAACCCAAAACAUA